AUGGCACGUCAACUUCUUGUUGUCGCUCUUCUGUUCUUUGUCACCAUUGCAACUGGGUUGGUGUCCGCACAGGCACCCAAGGCCUCCGCUGAAUCCCCGUCACCAAAGGCUUCGCCUGUGAAAGCAAACACUACCUCCCCUGCUUCAGCACCUUCAAAAUCCACCACUGCCUCCUCUCCAAAAGCCUCCGCCCCAGCUCAGAGCGGUGGUCGUGCCAAGUCACCUGCAUCUGCGGCAUCCCCUGCAUCAACAAAAUCCCCCUCUUCCGGCAAGAAAAGUCCCACUUCCCCUGCUUCGGCCUCCUCACCAGAUGCUGAUGUCUCAUCUCCUCCUGCCCCGGGACGCAGCUCCAGUGAUGCUGCUGAAGGCCCCGCUGCAGAUGCGAUGGCACACGCUGAUGGUCCAACUACGACUACUGCUAUGGGACCCGCACUUGAACCAGCAUCUGACGAGGGUGAACACGACGGGUCAUCUAAAUUGGCCGUCUCACUCACUGUUAUUGGGGUCGCUGCUCUUGCUGGUUUCUUCUACUACUGA